AUGUUUUUCGGAAGAGAAUUUAUGGGUAAUUUCAUGGGUGGACUCGUCGGCGGACGUUAUCAGACUCGUCUACGAUGUUAUUCUGCCCCUUAUUAUCAGCGAGCAGAUGCCAAAAAGAUCCAGGAGAUUAAUUAUGGUGGAAAGGUAAGCUUGUUCUCCAAAUUGUUAUUUUACCAUUUAGAUUUUACUCCCAAACUCCGCUCUGGACGCUUUGAUUAGACUAAAUAUCGAGUAUCCGAUGAUGUUCAAGCUGAUGAGUCUGGACCCGGCCUUUCAACGGACCACUCAUGCUGGUGUUCUUGAGUUCUCAGCCGAAGAAGGAAAGGCUUAUCUGCCGAAAUGGGUAAUAAUGAUUAUACAUUGUUUUAUUCGUUAUUUAGAUGAUGGAACAACUCAAAUUGGACGAGGGAGACAUGUGUCUAAUCGAAUACACUCGACUUCCCAGCGCCACUUAUGCCAAGUUUAAGCCUCAAUCAACGGAAUUCCUCAAUAUUUCUAAUCCCAAGGCUGUUUUGGAGGUGGAGCUUAGGAAAUUCGCGUGUUUAACGAAGGGUGAUAUCAUUUCUGUGGAUGUAAGUGUUUCCUCUAUAUAAUAAUGGCUUUAGUGAGGAUAGUAAUUGGAUUUUUUUAGUACAAUGAUCAAGUGAUGGACUUCAAAGUAAUGGAUCUAAAGCCGGCAAAUGCUGUAACCAUCAUUGAAUGUGACAUGAAUGUGGAAUUUGAUGCCCCUGAGGGAUACGUAGAACCUACUUAUAAGCCCGCUCAAACUGAAAUGGCAAGUUUGAUAUUCAUUUUGACGAUUCAUAUUGUUUUAGCCAGCAGCACCGGUUGUUCAGCCCAAGAUCAAGAAAGAUGAAACUUUUGGAGGAAGUGGUGUCAGACUGGAUGGAAAGGUCAGCAAAUCCAGAACGGUCUCCACUUCCUCGGCCGGUCCUUCAAGAGAUUCCGUUGAGAAGGCGCCCGAACCAGAAGAACAGAUCGCUGAAGUUAUCCCGGAUGAAUCAUAUCGCCCAGGACAAUUGGAUUUUAUCAGAUAUGCCUAUAAGAAUCGAGAGCUUUUGGAGAAAGAAAUCAGAGAGAAAAAACGGGAGAAGGUGGUCCCAUUCGGCGGAAACAGACUUGGCGGGCACACCGUCAACCAUUUUAAGGCAUUCGAAGGAUCGGCUCAGACCCUCAGGGGAAAUCGUUGA